GCGGGAGCGCGCCCCGGAAACGGAGUCAUGGCGGCGGCGGCGGGGGCAGCCUUGCUGAUGCUGCUGAUGGCGGCGGCGCUGGCGGAGGGCGACGACUCGGACUGGGUGCGACUGCCCAGCAAGUGCGAGGUGUGCAAGUACGUGGCCGUGGAGCUGAAAUCUGCCUUCGAGGAGACUGGCAAGACCAAGGAGGUGAUCGACACCAAGUACGGCUUCCUGGAUGGGAAGGGCUCUGCUGUCAAGUACACACAGUCGGACAUCCGGUUAAUUGAGGUGACAGAGAACAUCUGCAAGCGGCUGUUGGAUUACAACCUGCACAAGGAGAGGAGCGGCAGUAACAGAUUUGCAAAGGGCAUGUCAGAGACGUUCGAGACCCUGCACAACCUGGUGCACAAGGGUGUCAAGGUGGUGAUGGACAUCCCCUACGAGCUGUGGAACGAGACCUCCGCCGAGGUGGCUGACCUCAAAAAGCAGUGCGAUGUGCUGGUAGAGGAGUAUGAAGAUGUCAUCGAAGAUUGGUACAGGCACCACCAGACAGAAGAUCUCUCCCAAUUUCUCUGUGCUAACCACGUGCUAAAAGGAAAGGACACAAGCUGCCUGGCAGAGAAAUGGACUGGCAAGAAGGGUGAUUUGGCAAGCGUGGGGGAGAAGCAGAGCAAAAAAAAGAGCGGGAAGAAGAAGAAAAAGGGCCCUAAGGAUGAGCACGAGGAAGCUGCCAGGCUUCCGGACACAGGGGAGGCCCUGGAGGGGGUCCAGGAGCAGGCUCCGCUCACCCACAGCCCAGCUGAUGAGCUGUAGGCACGCAGCCCUGCCCGGGGCUUCACCCCGCUGUGCCUAUGGCUACCAAAGGAAAAGGGACUUGUGACUGGGGGAGACCGGAGCUCCUGGCCCGCCUCGCCAGCCCAGGUGCCAGCCCGUGAUUAGGUGUCACGGAGCCGCGGACCCGGCCCUUCCGCAUCCCUGCCGGGGGCUCCAGCUCCGGGAGGCCGCGAGUGCUGCCCCGCCGCCGACUCCUCGCACGCCGCCGGGACUGUAAAUAAAGACGUUUUCCCCAGA